UUAGAGGAUCUAAUCUAACAACAACAAUCCAAUAUAUAGGAACAAAUCCUGCCGCCACAAGAAUAAUCUGUAGAUCACAAGAGUCCAGAACUUUACUAAUAAGUUUUUAUAUUGUAAACAUUGAUUGCAUGGUUCAUUCGUUAGGAACGAAAGAAACGCAAUGCUUACACAAGAAAGCACCUGGAGAAGCUUGUGUUUGGUUUGUUUGGGAUUAGCUGAUGGAUGCGAUUGAAGCUCAGCAAGACAGCAAAUCAGAAAUUGGAACACUUCUUCCAGAUGAAGCUUCCACUGCCACUGAUCAACUUUCAAUGUUCAUACCCGAUAAGCGCUGGAAAUGGUGGGUUCUUGUGGUACUCAACAUUGCCUUUCUCUUGCUUGGUCAAUCCGUUGCUGUCCUUCUAGGCAAAUUCUAUUUCAAACAUGGACACAGUAAAUGGCUGGGGGCACUUGUGCAAACAGCUGGAUUUCCAGUCCUCUUUCUCGCACUGGUAUUUUUUCCUUCCCCUAAAAACUUGCCAAGUAUCUGCAACAACACAAGCCAGCCUUCACUUCUCAGUCUUAUUUUGGUUUACUUUUCCCUUGGUUGUCUACUAGCUAUAGACAACUUCUUGUAUUCAGUAGGCCUUUGGUCUCUUCCAAUUUCAACAUAUUCUCUCAUUUGCGCAAGCCAAUUGGUAUUUAACGCGAUAUUUUCCUUGGUUAUCAAUUCUGAAAAGCUCACAAUCCUAAUACUGAAGUCGGUAACCCUUCUAAUCAUAUCAGCUUCAUUGGUUGCAAUUCAUCCUGAUUCUUCUGAACGUGAAGCUGAGAAACAUUCCGGAGGAAAGAAAGAACGUGUCAUUGGUAUCUUAUGCACUGUUGGUGCUUCAGCAGCCUACGCUUUAUUGCUUUCCCUUACACAAUUUUGCUUCGAAAAAGUACUGAAGAAGGAAUCAUUUUCUGUUGUAUUCGAAAUGCAAAUCUACACAUCCUUGGUUUCUACUUUUGUUUGCAUAGUGGGAUUGUUUGCAAGUUCAGAAUGGAAGAAGCUAAAUUCUGAGAUGGAGACAUUUAAAGAGACAUUUAAAAAUGGGAGGGUGCUUUAUGUCCUGAGUUUGGUUGGAGCAGCUUUAGCUUGGCAGAUUUGUACAGUUGGGGUUGUGGGAUUAAUCUUUCUGGUGUCUUCUCUCUUCUCCAAUUUUGUUAGUAUGCUGUGUCUGCCAUUUGUUCCUGUGGUCGGUGUGCUGUUUUAUCAUGAAAAAAUGGAUGGCAUCAAGGUAUUGGCCAUGUUGUUGACAAUUUGGGGUUUUGCUUCUUAUCUCUACCAGCAAUACCUUGAUGAUAAUAAGCCAAAGGACAAAGAAACUGGUCCAACUCCAGGAAUUGAAGAGUCCAAGCUUGAUGGAAGUGCUGAUGCGCUUGAUGGAAUUGCUGAUAAGCUUGUCUGACCUGGAAUUAUAGUAAAAAGAGUUAGUGAACUGAAAAGAGCAUUAUGAGGUUGAAAUCACUCUUUGUUUAUUAGAAGCUCCUACUGAAUGUAUCUACAAGCUUCAUAUUACAACUUGUCUUGAAAUUUUUAAUUUGAAAUUUCAGUUUUUUGGUUGUAAA